AUGCACGAGUAUCGCCUUGCUCAAGCACAAACCACUAUCCCUCAAGGGAGAAAUUUAGCCCAGGAAAACUGGGUAGUUUGUUGUAUAUUUUUGAAGAGAAGAAGCAACAAAAAUGACGACCAGGCAGCACCAGUGCCAAAAGGAAGCAGAUUGGGGCCUACCGUAGGAAAAUCUAUGCCGAUUUUCUAUGAUUUCAUGACCAAGGAUAGGACUGAUUUGAAUCUGGUUCGUGUAUCCUCGUCCUCAGGUUCAAGUGGGAUCACACAAAUCGAAUCAGAUAAUCAUGAAGAAAGCAGUAGUUGCAAUAUUUUUUGA